CACAGCUGUCAAAGAGUGUCAAGAGACGUCAAAUUUUAAAUGUUUGUUUUGUUAUUGUUUAGAAAUAAAUACAAAAAAGAAACUGAAACGCAAAACCAUACAAAAUAAAUACAAUUGUAUUGUAUCUGUUUGAUCUUUGAACUUGAAGACUAUUAAAUUUAUGAAUACAUGACUUUUAGGAAUCUAAAAAAUUUAAUUAAGUAAAGUAGGGUACUCAAAGUUCAAUAAUACUAGUUGCUAACUAGUCAGCUCAGUACUAAAAUACUAGAAACUGAAUCUACUUCAAUUAGAAUUACAUUGACCACGAAAAUGAUGAACAUAUUGCAAGAUUUCAAAAAAGGACCAUUAGAUUUCUACAGGAAAAAGGCCUCUUUUGACUGGAAAAAACUCAAAGUUUUUUUGGAAACUGAAGAAGUCAUUCAAUACCAAAAUGAGCUCUACACCGAACUCCAAAAACACGCAGACUACAACCAAACAGAUUCAAUUCAGACACUGCCUUUUGAUGAACAGCGAAGAAUCGCAUGUCGUCAAAGUUUCAUAUACAAAUCCAUUGACUUACUUUCGAUCAGUAGCUUGAUUCAAAACCUUAAGAUCCCACCUACUGCCACUAGAGUUAUGAUGCAAGUAUCGCCAAGUUCCACCAUUAAAUUUAGUGUAACUGAUAGUUUAUUUGUUAAUGUCAUUCGCUCUUUGGGAACCACCAGACAUGAUCAUUUCAUAAAUGAUACUGAAGAAGGAAACAUUAUUGGUUGCUAUUGUCUUACUGAAAUAGCUCACGGUAGUAACGUUAAAGGCAUGCAAACAACAGCCACCUAUGACAAAGAAAAACGUGCAUUUAUUUUAAAUUGUAAAGAUUUCCAAGCUGCCAAAUGCUGGGCUGGAGGGUUGGGCCAAAUGGCCACUCACGCCAUAGUAUAUGCUCAGCUUGUAACUGAAAACAUAAAUCACGGACUUCAUUGUUUUGUGGUGCCAGUCAGAGAUCCUAAAACUCUUUUGGCUUAUCCUGGAAUUAUCGUUGGGGAUAUGGGAGAAAAAAUUGGAUUAAAUGGGAUUGAUAAUGGGUUCUUGUUGUUCAACAACUAUGAAAUACCUCGCGAAAAUUUAUUGAACAAACUUGGAGAUGUUACUGAUGAUGGCCAAUAUAUUACAUCAUUUAAAGAUCCUAAUAAAAGACAUGGGGCUGCAUUAGGAUCCUUGUCUUUAGGCCGAGUAGCAAUUACAGGAAUUUGUGAGUCUUAUGGUUCUAAAGCUAUAACUAUUGCUGUUAGAUAUGCUGGGGUUAGGAAGCAAUUUGGGCCCGACGAUGACAAUGAAGUUGCCUUAUUAGAAUAUCAAACACAUCAAUAUAGGUUGCUACCAUAUUUAGCAGCAGUUUAUGUUGUAAGAAUAUUUUCCACAAGACUAUCUGAGCUUCAAUAUCAAUUUUCAAUUGCUUCCGUAUUGGGUAAUGAUACAGCAAAUUUACCAGAUUGGGGUAUGGAAUUGCACGCUGUAUCUUCAGCUUCUAAACCUAUUGCUGGUUGGACUAUGAAAGAAGCUAUACAGGAGAGUAGGGAGGCUUGCGGAGGACACGGAUAUUUGAAAGCUGCUGGAAUCGGUGAUAUUCGAAACGACCAUGACGCAAACAUGACCUACGAAGGCGAAAAUCACAUUUUGAUCCAGCAAACCAGCAAUUGGUUGCUGAAAAUGUGGCCACUGGUAGUGAAAAGGCAAAAAAUUUCGACCCCAAUGAAAUCUGCCGACUUUUUGACGAACGGAAUGGACAUUUUGCUCAACUCGAAAUUUCCCGCCAAAAAUAUCGAGGAAAUUUGUAGACCAGAAAGCAUUCUUGUAAUUUAUCAAUGGUUGAUAUGCCACCUCAUGCAAAAAUCAUCGAACAAACUAGACCAGGAAUUGCACAAAAGCAAAACUCAAUUCUGGGCCAAAAACGACAGUCAAGUGUUCAACGCUAAAAAUCUUUCAAUAGCGUUCAUUCAGCAUUUUAUGCUACAAACUAUGCUGGAAAAAAUAGCAGAAGCCCAAGAAGUCGAGCUUAAAAACGUACUUGUAAAAAUAUUCGCUUUAUAUGGGCUUUUUUCAUUAGAAAAGUACCAUUUGUCUUCAUUAUAUCAAGGAGGAUUCGCAGUGGGACCUUUAGCAGCUACACUUAUACAAGAAGCUAUUUUAAAAAUUUGCUCUGAAUUGAAAAAUGACGCCGUUGCUUUGGUGGAUGUGAUUGCGCCCCCUGAUUUCGUAUUGAAUUCUGUUUUGGGAGCUUCAGAUGGAGAGGUAUACAAGCAUCUGCAAGCUGCAAUGUUCAGAUCUCCAUAUGCAAUGGCCAGACCCAGUUGGUGGCAAGAUAUCACAAAUUGGAAAGAAAAUGUGCUCAAAAGUAAACUAUAGAUAUUUUAUUAUGUGCUUUUUUUUUAACGCUCAAAAACUCAUUUUAUAAGCUGUUAUUUUAUCUUGUUACAAUAAUUUAUACUCGAAUUUAUCUAAUGUUAAUUUAUCUAUUAUAUUAAAAAUGUAUUUUCUGAUAUAAAAAUACAA